AAAUACCCGGAAAAGAGACGAAGUAUACGAAAAACUACUGAUACAGGAACAAAUUAUGAAUGGAAUCUGUCUGGAAUUGCAGAAUGUUGUUUUCUUGACACUAGCCUUUCUUGCCUUUGUUGUUCCUGGCAAAAGCAAAGUGACCUUUUUCUGUAGUAAUGGCAACAUCAGGAGGAUAUCAGAACAGAACAAAGGCAGCAUCAUUACCCGUCAGAUUGGGGAAAGUCACUACAGUGAUAAUCUGGGCUGUGGCUGGAUCAUUGAUGCAGGUGUUGGCAAACGAAUCAAACUGACGGUAUCAAAUCUUGAUCUUCAAUGGGCAGCCUCCUAUGCAUUGUGUAGUGGAUACGACCACCUGUCGAUCAGAGAUGGUCAGACCAAAUCUGCUAAAUUAUUACUAGAUAUCUGUUAUAGUACCAACCCGUACCAGUUGCUCAGCAGUGGUCAGUAUUUUUACCUUUACUUCACAUCCAACGAUAAAAACUUCUACGAGCACGCUGGGGUCACUCUUGAUUUCGAAAUAUAUGCCUGUCUGAAUGGUAUUAGAGGACCGAUCUACCAGAGAUCUCCAGAGAGAGAUGCCAAAGAUAGGCUAAUGGCUGAACGUAUGAAGGACCUUUUGACAACACCAAAUGGUUUAGCUCAGAGAGUCAAGAUAGAUCCGGAUCUAUCUAGAUGGGCAAGGUCAGAGUUUGUCAAGAUGGAUGCAUCUUCCAUUUAUGACCACAAGGGCAUGGGCAAUGCACCACCAACAGGAAAUUUGAAUCAGAGAAGGGGCUGUUUUGGAAUCCGGCCCUUUGACUUUGGUGAAAACAUUGCCAUGGUAUCGAAGAUUUGGAUUGGAUUGAAUGAUUUGAGGACAGAAGGAACUUACCAGUGGUUAGAUGGCUCUGAAACCUACCUCAGUGAAAAAAUGGACAGAUUUUCUGGGUCCAAAGAAAAAGACUGUGUCAUCCAUGAUUUUAACCUCAGGCAUUGGGUGGCAAAGAAUUGUGAAAAUGAGAAAAUGAACUACUUGUGUGCUAAAGCCAGAGUUGGACAAACAACAGUGUAUUCUGUUCCCGAGGCUAGUGAUGAUGACUCUGUUGGAGGUAAUGUGACCAUGGUCUGGGCAAUUGUCCUCGCUGUUAUUGGUGGAGUAGCCUGUGUUGCUCUCCUUAUCAUCUGUUAUUUCUGUCACCAAAAGAAGAAAACGCCACGGAGACGGGACUAUAGAGCACCUAAUCGUCAACAUCAGCCAAAUAUUGAAGAAGGAGGUAGUGAGCAACAACACAGAAGUAAUUCUAACCUAUCUCUGAACCAUAGUUCUCAAGUGCCUACAGCGCCCCCUAUCAACAUGGAUGGCAGCACAACUCUAUUUUGGGGACCAGAACAGGGACCACCACCUUCAUAUGAAGAGUCCAUACAGCACCAGAUCGCUAAAUAA